UGAAAAAGCAAAAGCUAAGAGAAAAGUAAUGAGAGAAAAGGAAAACAAUAAAGAAAGUAAGAGAAAGCAAGUAGCUAGUAAAGAAAGAAAGAAAGGAGGUGUAUGAGAUAGAGAGAGAGAGAGAUGGAUUGAAUAGAACAAAGACAAAAAAGGUUCACCCCCAUGAUUUCAAAAAAAAAAUAAAACUUCUCUCACCAUCAUAGACUUUGUGAAAGUUUUUCCCUUUUUUUGUUUUUUUUUUUUUGCUUUUGCUUAGCUUAGUUAGAGAGCUUCUUCCUUCUCUUUACACAUACAUAAUCAAAGCCUAGGAAGACCCUCUUAAAGGUCUUCUUUCAACAAAGCUUUGAUUUCUUUCCCUUCUUUUGUUUGUUAAUUUUUUUAUGUUCUUUUCCACAGGAGAAGAAAGAAGAACUUCCUUAGUUCCUUAAGUCUUCUUCAACAAAGUAAAGUGAAUGAGAGAAAGCAGAAGAGAGGGAGAAAACACAUAUAACUAGCUAGUUGUAUAAAACUAGACAUCAAAAAAUAGUGAGAAUUCCAGGAAGAAAAUUACUCUCUUGAAAUUUUUCUUGUUAGUUAAGGGAUCAUCCAUGAAUAGAGGGCAUAUUCUACAGAGCUCGCCGGUUCAACAAAUGAUGACGGCCGGAAGUAGUCCAAACUGGUGGAGUAAUAUGAGGCCUCCUCCAUCAGUAUCUCAUCAACAACAAGUUUUUUCUAAUUCUUCUUCUUCAUCAUCAUCAUCAUCUUUUCUGGGAUCUGCUGCUCCACCUAAUCUACUAAUCCCUAACUCUCAGUUCAUACCUACAUCUUCCUCUUCAUGGGGUGAUGAUGAUGAUGAUGAUCACCAUAAUAACCAGCAGCUGCCUGAAUCUUGGAGUCAACUUCUCAUGGGUGGAUUAAUGAAUGAAGAAGGAAAAAUUAGUUCAAGUAUGCAGCAGCUACAGCAGGCUAAUAAGAAGCUAGAGAUGAAUUGGGAAGAACAAAUACUAUUGCAGAAUCAGCAGGCUUCAAACGGGUCGGUUUCAGAUCACUUCAAGAAUGAUGAAAACUCCGUAGAAACUGCUUACAGCUUGUUUAGCAGCAGACCUAGUACUACUACUAAUUGGUCAACUCAAGUGAUUCCAGUUUCAUCUCCAACUUCAUGCGUCACCACUUUAAGCAGCACCAACAAUAUGUUGGAUUUUUCUUCUUCUACUAAUAAUCAUAAUAAAUCAGAUGGAAGGCAUCCUCCUCCAGAUCGUUCUUCUGAGUGUAACAGCACAGGUGGUGGUGCAGCUAAGAAGGCUAGGGUUCAAACAUCUUCAACUCAAUCUACAUUUAAGGUGAGGAAAGAAAAGCUGGGUGACAGAAUAACAGCCCUCCAUCAAAUAGUUUCCCCUUUUGGGAAGGUAAUUUUCCAAGCAGCUAAUAAUUUAAUCAAAUCACCUGAGAUUAAAGUUGUUGAUACUAUGCACUUAAUUACAUUUAUAUAUCUGGUACUCCUUCCGUCUCAAAAUAGUUAAAAGGCAAAUAGAGUGAUUUAAUCAAAACUAUGGUUCUACAUACUUAGUACCAGUAACAUAAAAUGGAAGUAACAGUACUAUCUUGAAUUAAAGGUGACAUUUCUCUUUCCACUUUUCCUUUUCUUCACAAAUGAAAAAUAUAGGGAGGGGGCUUUUGAUUAUUUAUUUCAAGUAGCAGUCUUUUUCUUUUAUUAAGCAUUAAAGAAAGACACAAAAUAGAGAAAAAUCCUUAAUAUAUAGCUAGCUAUAGCUCUCUCUAGAUUGGGGGGGGGCUAAAGCUUUUACUUUCCUCAUUCCAUUUUCUUGCUUUUGUUUCUGGCAGACUGACACAGCAUCUGUCUUGUUAGAAGCUAUUGGAUACAUUAGAUUCCUUCAGAGUCAAAUUGAGGUGAUGUUUCUACUUUCUUACUACUGCUUUUACAUUUUCACAAACUACCAUGCAACUUCCCCUCAAACUUAUUGUGAUACUGCUGAUACUUCACUAUCAUUUACUCCUUUCAUGUUUCUUGCACCACUUUAGCAUUGUUUUAGCUUCUGAUUCCUCAUAAAAAGCCAUGUUCUUUGUAAUUGAUUCUUUCCCCAUUUUGAAUGAUAUUUGCAGGCCCUCAGUUUACCCUACUUGGGCAACAGUAAAUCUGGAAACAUGAGGCAGCAGCAGCAACACCAUGUAAGAAAUAACUGGUCUUUUUUUCUUUUCUCUUUUCUCUUUUCUUUCUUCACUAUCUGAAAUGAAAAAAAAAUUAAAAUAAAAAGAACCCUUUUUUUUUUUUUGUUUCUGAAUUAAGUCUGGAAUUUGCAUGUGGGAGAACUGGUAUGAAAUGUACGAAGGAACAUGUGAAUAAGUAAGGUGUGUUUGAAGAUGUUAGAUGUAAUAAUUAUACAUUAUUUGAUUAAUGAUUGUGUUUUUUUCUUUUCCUUUUCAGGUUCAAGGAGGUGAGAGGAAUUGUUUAUUCCCAGAAGACCCUGGGCAGGUAAGCUUUUAUUGGAUCUUUAUAACUUGUAAGGCUUUGUCCAGAGAAAGCUUUCUUGUUCUGGAAAAGCUACAAAUUAUUCACUGCUACUCUAUUUUAAAAGUUUUUUUUUUAUCCAUAAAAAGAUGCCUUCAAAGAUUUAGUAAAUAAUUAAUUAUGAAGAUUACAAAAAGUGGAAUAAUUACUCGUGUUCUAAUAUUCAUGCAGCUGUUGAAUGAGAACUGCAUGAAGAGGAAACCAAUGUCUGAUCAGGUAUAUAUUAAACGAGAGUGAUAAUAGAAAUAGUGAAUAAUUAUAAAAAUGUAAUGUCGUUGUAACACAGAAUCACAUAUUUGUAAUAAGAGAUUAUUACGUUGUUUUAUGUCACUCUUAACUGAUUUUUUGUUCCUGCAACAAUAGGAGGGUGAAGAGGAGCCAAAGAAGGACUUGAGGAGUAGAGGGUUGUGUUUGGUUCCUAUAUCUUGCACCCUGCAAGUUGGGAGUGACAAUGGAGCUGAUUAUUGGGCUCCGGCACUUGGCGGCAGCGGCUUCCGAUGAACGAAUUGCCGGCCGGGCAAAAGAUCAUUUGGUGGACUGAGGACAGCUGCACAAGAUGGCCGGCCGGCCGGUUCGGUUCCCUGAUCAACGAUCAAUGGCCAAAGCCAAGCUUAAAUUCAUAUUAUACAAAGAUGAGAUAACAUCAUGAGCAGUCAAUCUGCGGAAAGGAAAUUAUAAGGUUGAUUGCUCAUGAUGCUAUGCAUCGAUAAUCUGAAUUUAACCCUUGAUAUAUUUGUUAGUAAGUUAAUAUGGUGUGCUGUAACACAUAAAGAUUUACAUAUGCAAAAUUAAAUUCGGUUCUUAAAUUAAUUAGAACUCUGGUUUAGUUUCUUAGAAGCAAUCUAUAUAUCACGUAUUAUGUUUUAGUACGAUCAACUUAUUUAAGAAAUUAUAGUAUCACCGAAUUGAUCCUUUCAUGGUAAUUUAUUAAAACUAAUGAGUCCGAAAAAUACUAUUCCCUCCGGUUCUUAAUAUAAGGC